CCGGCUGGGGUCUCCGCCGACUUUGCGGGCCUUCUCCCCGUCCCUGGGCCCGACUCCUGUCGUCAGUCUGCCCGGUGUCGCCGCCACCCGCUGACCAGUUUCCCCCAUCCCUUUGCCUCUCGGUUCCUCGCUGUCUGUCUCUGCAUCUCGGAGUCUCUGGCUGUCUCUCUCUGCUCCGCGUGACCCUGCCGGGUUUCUGGCACUGACCCUGUCGCUUACUCUCUCCUUAUCGCUCCUUCUGCGGGGAUCCUCGUCCCCUCCCAUCCCGGCCCAGCUCUUGGGGCGGCCAGGGCCCCGAGUUGUGUUGCUUUCGCACCCUGGCGGGGCGGGGAGGACGAGGAGUGGAGGCGGACGUGGGGGUGGGGCUGGGAAAUCCCUUCCAGGUUCCUCUCUCCUCUCGCCACUGCCAGCCCCGGGCCUUGCCCUGCGCCGCCGAGAGUCCCAACUGCACUUCAAAUCUCGGGGCCUCAGUUUCCCUUGCCGUGAAAUGCCUCCUUACCCACCCUGCCGUGGGCUCUGGCUCCCUGCAUCACAUGGGCCGGUGACCUGACACUUUGAGCCAAGGAGAAGGUGGGGUGGAGGGCUGCUCCUCCUUUCUUUCCUUGGACCGUGGAGCAUGGGUUCCCCAACCAGCCCAGCGCCCUGGCCUUCGACCCCGAACUGCGCAUCAUGGCCAUUGGCACCAGGUCUGGGGCUGUCAGGAUCUAUGGUGCUCCCGGUGUGGAGUUCACAGGUCUGCACCAUGAUGCAGCCACUGUCACCCAGAUGCAUUUCCUGCCUGGCCAGGGUCGCCUCUUGACCCUGCUGGACGACAACAGCCUGCAUCUCUGGGAGAUCGUCCCUCACAAUGGCUGUGCCCACCUGGAGGAAACACUCAGCUUCCAGCCACCAAGCCGCCCCAGUUUUGAUGGCACCAGCACCCUGCCCAGCCUCUCCCGUGUCACUGUGGUCCUGCUGGUGGAUGCUGGCGACAGGGCAGCCCUUGGCACUGAGGGUGGCAGCGUCGUCUUCUUGAACGUGGACACAUUGACACUGCUUGAGGGGCAGACCCUUGCCCCUGACGAGGUUCUGCGAAGCCUGCCGGAUGACUGCCGAUGUGGGAAGGCUCUGGGCCCUGUGGAGUCUCUCCAGGGGCACCUGCAGGACCCCAACAAGAUCCUCAUAGGCUACAGCCGGGGCCUGUUGGUCAUCUGGAGCCAGACUGCACGCUGCGUGGAGCGCGUCUUCUUGGGCAACCAGCAGCUGGAGAGCCUGUGCUGGGAGCGAAGCGGCAGCACCGUUGUCAGCUCCCACAGCGAUGGCAGCUACGCCGUCUGGCCUGCAGACUUGGGCAGCACCCUGGUGCUGCAGCCCACAGCAGCCACCACGCCCUAUGGUCCCUUCCCCUGCAAAGCCAUCAACAAGAUUCUGUGGCGAAGCUGUGAAUCAGGGGGUCACUUUAUCAUCUUCAGUGGUGGCAUGCCCCGCGCCAGCUAUGGGGACCGCCACUGUGUGAGCGUACUUCGAGCUGAGACCCUGGUGACCUUGGACUUCACCUCCCGCGUCAUCGACUUCUUCACGGUGCACAGCACGCGGCCCGAGGAUGAAUUUGAUGACCCCCAGGCUCUGGCUGUGCUGCUUGAAGAGGAGCUGGUGGUACUGGACCUGCAAACACCCGGCUGGCCGGCCGUACCUGCCCCAUACCUCGCCCCUCUGCACUCAUCCGCCAUCACCUGCUCGGCCCACGUUGCCAACGUCCCUGCCAAGCUGUGGGCCCGCCUCGUGAGCUUGGGGGAGCAGCAGAGCCCGCAGCCUACCUCCAGUGCCUCGAGCUGGCCCAUUACUGGGGGCCGGAACCUGGCCCAGGAGCCAUCACAGCGGGGGCUGCUGCUGACCGGCCAUGAGGAUGGCACUGUGCGCUUUUGGGACGCCUCGGGCGUGGCACUGCGGCCCCUCUACAAGCUGAGCACAGCUGGCCUGUUCCAGACGGACUUUGAGCACACUGACAGCCUGGUCCAGGCUGCCGAGGACGACUGGCCACCCUUUCGCAAGGUGGGCUGCUUUGACCCCUACAGCGACGACCCCCGGCUCGGUGUGCAGAAGGUGGCACUUUGCAAGUACACAGCCCAGAUGGUGGUGGCCGGGACUGCGGGCCAGGUGCUGGUGCUGGAGCUGAGUGAUGUGCCGACUGAGCAGGCAGUCAGUGUGGCCAGCAUGGACCUCCUCCAGGACCGCGAGGGCUUCACAUGGAAAGGCCACGACCGGCUGAGCCCCAGCACGGGGCCACUGCCCUGGCCCGCUGGCUUCCAGCCCCGAGUGCUGGUGCAGUGCCUGCCGCCUGCUGCCGUCACAGCUGUCACGCUGCACACUGAGUGGGGCCUCGUGGCCUUUGGCACUAGUCAUGGCUUUGGUCUCUUUGACUACCAGCGCAAGAGCCCUGUGCUGGCCAGGUGCACCCUUCACCCCAACGACUCUCUGGCUAUGGAGGGGCCGCUCUCACGGGUGAAGUCACUCAAGAAGUCACUGCGUCAGUCUUUUCGGCGCAUUCGCAAGAGCCGGGUGUCUGGCAAGAAGCGGGCUGUCAACGCCAGCAGCAAGUUGCAGGAGGCCAACGCGCAGCUGGCGGAGCAGGCCUGCCCCCACGACGUGGAGGUGACACCAGUGCAGCGCCGCAUCGAGCCCCGCUCAGCUGACGACUCCCUCUCCGGUGUGGUGCGCUGCCUCUACUUCGCUGACACAUUCCUUCGUGAUGCUGUCCACCAUGGCCCCACCCUGUGGGCUGGCACCAACUCAGGCUCCGUGUUUGCCUACGCGCUGGAGGUGCCAGUGGUGACGACGGGCAGCAAGAAGCGGCCGGAGCGGGCAGUAGAGGCUGUGCUCGGCAAGGAGGUGCAGCUGAUGCAUCGAGCGCCUGUGGUGGCCAUUGCUGUGCUGGAUGGGCGUGGCCGCCCACUGCCUGAGCCUUAUGAGGCCUCCCGGGACCUGGCACAGGCCCCCGACAUGCAGGGCGGCCAUGCUGUGCUUAUAGCAUCUGAGGAGCAGUUCAAGGUGUUCACACUGCCCAAGGUGAGUGCCAAGACCAAGUUCAAGCUGACAGCCCACGAGGGCUGCCGCGUGCGCAAGGUGGCACUGGCCACGUUUGCCAGUGUGGUCUGCGAGGACUAUACUGAGACCUGCCUGGCCUGCCUCACCAACUUGGGUGAUGUCCACGUCUUCUCGGUGCCUGGCCUGCGGCCCCAGGUGCACUAUUCCUGCAUCCGGAAGGAGGACAUCAGCGGCAUCGCCUCCUGUGUCUUCACGCGCCACGGCCAGGGUUUCUACCUGAUUUCCCCGUCUGAGUUUGAACGCUUUUCCCUGAGUGCUCGGAACAUCACAGAGCCGCUGUGCUCCCUGGACAUUCGCUGGCCCCGCAGCACUACCUGUGACAGCUACAGGCUCCAAGAGUCACCCAAGCUGAGCCAGGCCAACGGGACCCCAGGCAUCAUCCUGGCCCCACGGAGCUGUGACAGGAGCCCCAGCCCUGCCCGAAGCAAGGGAGCCGGGGACACUCUGGAGCCAUCUGAGGCCACACUUUCGCCCAUGUCUGUGGACUCAGCCACCAGUGCCGACACCACGCUGGACACCACAGGGGAUGUUACUAUGGAGGACGUGAAGGAUUUCUUGAGCUCUUCAGAGGAACCACAGAAGAAUCUGAGGAACGUGGCGCAAGAUGAGGCCCGUGCCUGCACCAUUCUGAUCAAAUGAGGAAGCCAGAGCUCUCCUGACCACUGCUGUCCUGCUCGGAGCUGGGGCCCUGGACCCCUGGCUUCUGCCUGCCCCUUAACAUAGACCGACACCUGCUAACUUGCGGGCUCCUGCGGGGACCUGCCGUCCUGCCUUCCCCAGGCCCAGAGCAGCCCAGCCUUAGGUGUGGGCAGAUGCAGGCUGGCCCCUCUGACAAGUAGUUGGUCACCCUGGAGGCCAGGUGCUCCACAUGCCGUCCCCCUCCUCCCCUCACAAAGAGUAUUUUUCUAACGCCUGAGCUGGGCAGUCAUUUCUAAAACUAUUUUGGUACUUGAUCCAGGGCCACCACCCCUGGCACAUGUCCCCCUGACACAUGAGUGCACAUAUGCACUGGGGUCCAGUUGGGGGCGUGUGGGGGGUCAGAAUGGGUUUCCCUGUAGAUUGUACCUUGGGCUUUUUUUCUGUCAUUUUGUUAAAAUUAGUGCCGUCUUAAUAUUAAAAAUACUGAUUUUUAAUAUUGAAAAU